AUGGACCAUACUCAGAGCAGGGUGAUGGGACAUCCACUGCAGCACUCUGUGCUCCGCUUCCUCAUCAGCACUGCAGCUGUGUCCUGGACUUCAUGUUGCAAAAAAUGCCAAGUAGCUGCUGACAAUAGAAAGUGCUGGACAAGAGUGCCACACAGACAGUACGCGAGAAGGAUUUCGGGGCAGGACGGUGGUGCUGAGUUAGGGAAACGGUCUGAGGCAGGGCUGCGCUCCCAAGAGCAUACGGGGACACGCAGGCCUCCACCGCUCUCCUCAGCCCGGCCCACGGCCCCGCUCAGCUCCCCAGGCGGGGCACGUGCUCGGCCGCCCCGGGAGGCGGUGCGAUGUGGUAGGAGCCGCCCGGCGGCCGAGGGGCGGGAGCUCGCACCGAACCACAACUCCCGCCGGCGGGGCGCGGGCAGCGCUGGGCGCUCGGGGCGGCAGCGGAGCGGUGCUGAGCGGCGCGGUGUGCUGGGGGCGGGAGUGGAAUCGGGGCGUUCCGGUCGCUUCUCCCCGCUGUCCGGCGAACGGCCGGGGAGCGUUGUGUGGCGCCCGGAGGAGGAGGAGGAGGAGGAAGGACGGGCUGUUGAGGGGCUGUCUCACCGCAAGUUCAGCGCGGCGUGCAACUUCAGCAACAUCCUGGUCAACCAGGAGAGGCUCAACAUCAACACGGCCACCGAGGAGGAGCUGAUGACUCUGCCCGGGGUCACCCGAGUGGUGGCCCAGAACAUUGUGGAAUACCGAGAGUACAUCGGUGGCUUCAAGAAGGUGGAGGACUUGGCGCUGGUGAGCGGGGUGGGGGCGGCCAAGCUGGAGCAGGUGAAGUUCGAGAUCUGCGUGAGCAGUAAGGGCAGCUCGGCGCAGCAUUCGCCCAGCUCCCUGCGGAAGGACCCGGCCUCUGAGCACCACCUGUCCGCCACCAAGAUCAACAUCAACACCGCCACGCCGGCGCAGCUCAUGAGCAUCCGCGGCAUCACCGAGAAGAUCGCCAACAGCAUCGUGGACUACCGCAAGGAGCACGGGCCCUUCAAAAGUAUCGAGGACCUGGUGAGGAUGAACUGCAUCAAUUCCUCCUUCCUAGACAAAAUCCGGCAUCAGAUUUUUGCAGAGAGGUCCCGACCCCCUUCAACGAACACCAAUGGUGGCCUCAACUUCACAGCCAAGCCUCAUCCCAGCCCUACUUCUCUCAGCCUCCAGAGUGAGGACUUGGAUUUUCCCCCUGGAGGCCCAACCCAGAUCAUCUCCACUCGCCCCUCUGUGGAGAUGUUCGGGGGGCUGAGGGAUGGCAGGCCCGUGCUGAGGGUGGCUACGUGGAACCUGCAGAGCUGCUCCAUCGAGAAAGCCAACAACCCAGGUGUGCGGGAGGUCAUCUGCAUGACGUUGCUGGAGAACAGUAUCAAGCUUUUGGCUGUGCAGGAGCUGCUUGAUAGAGAAGCACUGGAAAAGUUUUGUAUGGAGCUGAACCAGCCGACGCUGCCAAACAUCCGCAAGUGGAAGGGCCCUAGAGGAUGUUGGAAGGGUGUUGUUUCCGAAAAACCCUCAGGCCAGCUACCUAAGGGUGUCGAAUAUUCUGGUUUUCUCUGGGAUACAACAGCUGGCAUUGAGCUCAAAGAUGCUUCUUUCCAGGAGAACGUACAGACUAAUGGCAAUGGGAGACACUCAUACCCUCACCCAUAUAUUGCACAUUUCAAGGUUGGGAUGAAUGACCUAACGCUGGUUAACCUUCACCUGGCUUUGGCUCCUGCAGUGGGGGACAACGCAGGGAAGAACCAUGACAGCCACAAACUAGCAACCUUUGCACAGACUUUGCAGGAGUCUCUGAAAGGGGAAAAAGAUGUGAUCAUCCUGGGAGAUUUUAACCAGGCUCCCGACAGCAGCGACCAUGACAUACUGAGGAAGGAGAAAUUCCAUCACUUGGUCCCUUCAAAUACGUUUACCAACAUCAGCACAAAGAACCCCCAGGGAUCGAAGUCACUGGACAACAUGUGGAUCAGCCGGAGUCUGAAGAAGGUUUUCACAGGUCACUGGGCUGUUGUGCGAGAAGGUCUUACGAACCCAUGGAUCCCUGAUAACUGGUCCUGGGGUGGAGUAGCCUCAGACCACUGCCCCGUGCUAGCUGAAUUUUACAUGGAAAAGGACUGGAACAGGAAGGAGGUGACGCGGAAUGGAAACGGGGUGACCGUUGAGCGUGACUCAAACACUAAACACGAACGAUGACGUGAACGGGAGGUGUCUCUCCUGUUCCAGGGGUCAGCCCAUAGCUCUGCUUGCUGGAGACUCAGCUGUGGAGCAGAAGAGCUGCUUCCCCCUCUUCCUCCUUCACCUGUCUUCCCCAUGUCCAGAAAGCAUCAGCACUUGCCUUCGAUGGCUCUCUCUCCGUGCCCUUCACGGACAGCUCUGGGGUGUCCCACGGCAACAGAGUGGCCCGUAACUUUUUAUAGGGAUGCGAUGGACCCAUCUCCGUGCCUGGAGAUUCGGAUGAGAACUGUACAGAAAAUAAAGUGUACUUUUAAUACUGUA